AUGGAUCAUAAACAUACCGACUAUGAUCUGACUCUCAAGGGUCCCAUUCGACUCACCAGCGAUUCAGUACAAGUUACAGAUGCAGACGAGGAGAUCUUCAUCUUGUAUUCUGAGCUCCAAAUUGGAGGUGCUGCCUCAACUGACUUCCGUGGCCUUGGUUACUUGGAUUCCCGUAAAGACAUCCUCGAAAUCAAGUUUGAAUUGAAGGGCGUGUCAGAGGCUCCAUCUACUACACCCACCAAGAAAUCGAAAUUGCGGAAGGCACCAAAGGAGGCCAAAACAACAGUGGAAAUUGAAUUGAUGCAGGACAAGACUGCGUUGCGAAGCCGCAAGGGCGAUACUGGGAGUGUCCUAUGGAAAGCUAGGUCUGCAAAUCCGCGGCAUUUUCUCUGUGAUCGCGCUCAAACGCAGCCAUAUAGUAUCGACUUUGCACAACUUAUCCUUGAACAGUACCAUUCAUGUGCCAGCAACAGUUUAUUCAAUCGCGACGUUCUCGGCUCGCAGAACGUCUUGGAACUCGGAGCUGGCACCGGCCUACUCAGCAUUGCACUGUCGCCUCUUGUCAAGAGGUAUACGGCCACUGAUAUCGGGCCAUUGAUCCAUCUGAUCGAGAAGAACGUUUCCCUCAAUUUCUCUGGCUGGCCUAACAUUCCUGCUGGUUCUGGGUCUAACGUGUCGGUCGAAGAACUGGACUGGAUUGCCGUGGAAUCUUCUUCACCAACGCAGAGAAGAAAGAUCUACAACACAGUAAAUAAUCCUGUUGAUCUUCUGCUCGUUGUGGAUUGUAUAUAUCAUCCGUCAUUGAUCCCACCUUUCUUGGCUACUGUCGAUUACCUCAGUACUCCUGGACGGACAGCUGUUCUAAUUGUAUCUGAACUGCGUGCGGAGGACGUGAUGAGAGAAUUUCUGGAUAAAUGGUUGUGUAUGCCUGGUUGGGAGAUCUGGCGUAUUCCGAAUGAAGAAAUCGGGAAACAUUAUGCAAUAUUUUUGGGAUGGAAGAAUUAA